AUGAUCGGGAAGAGAGUGUGCGCAGCCGCUGCCGGGCGCCUCCGCGGCAGCCUCUCACCGCACCACGGCCCGCUGCCGCCACAGCCCCGGGCGCCUCUCAACGUGCGCACCCCCGGCACAGCCGCCGGGGUCGCUUCUGCGGUUGCUUCUCACCGCGCCGCCACCACGCUGGAGCUGCUGCCGCUGCAGCUGCUUGCGCUGCUUCCCCACCGCCGAGAUGGCUUAGGACAUCAUACUGCAGAGAAACCUUACACAUGUGAACAAUGUGGCCAGGUCUUUAGAACACACUCAAGCGUAACUCAACAUCAUAGAAUUCAUACUGGAGAGAAACCUUACAGAUGUCAAGAAUGUGGCAAGUCCUUUCGCCAGCACUCACACCUUACUCGACAUCACAGAAUUCAUACUGGAGAGAAACCUUACAAAUGUCAAGAAUGUGGUAAGACCUUUAUCCAGAAAUCAAGCCUUACUCAACAUCUCAGAAUUCAUACUGGAGAGAAACCUUACAAAUGUCAAGAAUGUGGCAAGUCCUUUCGCUGGCAAUCAUGCCUUACUGAACAUCACAGAAUUCAUACUGGAAAGUACCUUUACAAAUGUGAGAAAUGUGGUAAGGCCUUUACAGACCACUCAAAUUAUACUCGACAUCUCAGAAUUCAUAGUGGAGAGAAACCUUACAAAUGUCAAGAAUGUGGCAAGGCCUUUAUCCAGCACUCAGACCUUACUAAACAUCACAGAGUUCAUAUUGGAGAGAAACCUUACAAAUGUCAAGAAUGUGGCCUGGCCUUUCGCUGGCACUCAAACCUUACUAGACAUCACAGAAUCCAUACUGGAGAGAAACCUUACAAAUGUCAAGAAUGUGGCAAGACCUUUAGCCAGCACUCAGACCUAACUGAACAUCACAGAUUUCAUACUGGAGAGAAACCUUACAAAUGUCAAGAAUGUGGCAUGGCCUUUCGCUGGCACUCAAACUUUACUAGACAUCACAGAAUUCAUACCGGAGCGAAGGCCCCGCGACAGUCCUGCCGGUUGGGGCGGACGAAACAGGUACCGCCGAACGCCGGGAACGAGCGGCCCCCGCCCGCGGGAUACGACAACGGUGGAUCCAUUGAAGAAACUGAUCAAAGAGAAAAACAAGAAAAGAGGUAA